UUUUAUUUCACAACUCAAACUCUCUCUGUCUCUCUCACUCAAAGCCAUGACCGACGUCGAGAGCCGGAACCCUAAUUUGGACCGUCCGGCGAAGCGCCGAGUGGAAGAACUCGAUGAGGACGAUUUGGGCAAAAGCCCUAAGCAGACGAAGCGCCGAAGGGAAGAAUUCGAUGAGAGCGCUGCUGGCACUGGGAAUGGUACAUUGUGGAACAAGGAGCCUCCAAUGGUAGAUGAUGGAUCUGCUGAUGGCUUCCCUUUGGUGCUGCCGCAAAAGGAAGAUAAGGGUAGCGGUGGCAACGAAGAUAGUGAUGUAGAAGAAGUUAGCUCUGCAGAAGAAGAUUCUGAUCCACCAGAGUUUAUACUAAAUUGUGGUGGUGGUCUGGAUGAGGGUGACUAUUUUGGAUAUUGUGAAUUAUGUGUCGACAAUGAAGUCUGCAAAGGUUGUGGUAACAAGGAUGGCAGCCCUGUACGUGAGGAAUAAUGUUUGAAUCCAUUGGAAUGUAGAAUUUGUGGUACCAGUUAGCAUAGGACUGAGAACUGUGCAUCUCGGCUGAUGAAUAAGUAGGGGAAGGAGCAGGAAGAAAGGGAGAAGAUGAUGCUUUCAAGGAGUAGGGUUGUGGUGGAUUAGGUGACUCUGGAUAUGUUGUUCCUCCAGCCGUCUAAUACGCAGAUUGAACUUUCCGAAUGUAAUAGGGGACUUUAUCUAUUAUCUAAUACUCUAAAUGACAUGCUUGGCAAAAUACAUUAUUUUACAUGAACUAGUUUGUUUUUCAAUUUUUCUGUUCAGGAAUAUUGGAUUGCCUGGGUGGGUAUACAAAGCUGUCAAACCAAAAUUGAACA